CCUCCUCCUCCUCCUCCUCCUCCUCCUUAUCUCCCCUCCCUCCUCCACCUUCCUUCCAUCUUGAUAGCAACUGUUUAACAUGUGGCUCCUCCUCCUCCUCCCGUCAGUGCCUCUCCUCACCUUCCCAGCUCAACACCUCUGCGCUCUCCAAAGUCUCGUCAGGUGAGCUCCGGCGAAGGUGUUGUUGUUGUUGUUGCUGGUGGUGUUGUUGUUUCGUUAAUUAGUGCCGCGGGAUUCGUGUAGCGUCGGGCGUCUCGCGGGAGGACUAUCGACAGCCGCUGACGGGUCAUCCUGCGGCCCGCGCGGUAUUGACAUCCAAGGUCUUGCCGCUCGUCCGCCAGCCGCCUCGAUCCGUGCAGUGAUGGGCCUGCGGUGGGUGCGGGUGGCCCUGGUGGUGGCCCUGGCGGCGGUGGGGCCAGGCUGGGGACGCGAGGGGCCCAGCCUGUCCUCCUCCCCCCUGUCCUCCUCCUCCCUGUCCUCAUCAUCCUCCGCCGCCUACAACCCCGCCGAGGAGUGUAAGCACAUGAGGUUCAGUCGCCCCGAUCAAGAGUCCGUCACCAGGGAGUCCGUUCUGCGCCAAAUGUGUCUCCGCGCAGCACCGCACGUCGACGUAACCGAGACCUUCAAGCAGUUCGCAAUCUUCCUUCUCCAACGCGACGACUUCGACGGCUCACCCAAAUGGCACUCCGGCAAUGCUAAGGAUGUGCUCAGCGAUCCAUACUGGUCCGUUAACGAGGUGACGGUGCUGCAGGCGACGAGGUAUUACUGGUACGUGCACGGCCUGCCCAUGUGGCCCCUCCCGUACCAGGCGCUCACCAACAGAACCUCCCGGCGGCUCUUCAAAAAGAAACCCGUCGACUGGCCCUCCUACGGCCUCGCCACGCCCAUUUACUACGCGUCUAAUGCUUGGAGGGACCAGACGUGGAGUCUGGAGGAGUUUUUCCAGCAGACGAAGAAAAAAACGCCCUUCAAGAAUCACGACGACUUCCACAAGCUGGCCAAGGAGGUGGUGGCGGCCGUCAACGGCAGCCAGGUGGAGAGCUACGGCGAGUGGCCCUUCCUCAAGUACUCCCUGCCGCCCAUGGUCCGAUCAAUGGUCCAGCGCAACAAAGGCAUCUGCCCCGACGACCUGUACAUCUAUCUCCGCCUCACGCCCUGCAAUCCCGCCGACCCUGCCCAAGCCGUGUGCGCUCAGGCCGCCCGACACGCCCGUCUCCUCCUCACGGUCGCCUCCUGCCCCAACACCGCCGUCAUCGUGGGCUACAGCAAGGAGUAUAGUGAAGCUGAUAACGUACGCCCACUGUAGCAGCCCCAGACACCACCGCCACCACCACCACCAUGACCACCACCACUACCCUCUUCUCUCCCUUCCGUGCCCUCCCUUCCUUCCUCCCUCUCAUCCUUCCUUCCUUCCUUGCCCUGCCCUUUCUUCUUUCCUUAGAGAGCAAGAAAGGGAAGGCAAGGGAGAAAGGGCGAGGAAGGGAAGGCUGGGAAGGGAAGGCAAGGGAGGGAAGGCGAGGGAGGGAGGGCAAGGAAGGGAAGGCAAGGAAGGGAGGGCAAGGAAGGACGUCCCAGCCAGACUUCCCUCUUUUCUUCCUUUUGGGGACAUCGAGAAACUUAUAUAUGGUUUAUUUCUCUCCUCCAGCUUAAUAUAAAUACAGUGUUCUUGUUUCAUGUAUCUGUCUGUAUAAGAAUGUUUACUGUCGAGUUUUAAAGAAUAAAAUAAUGCAUUUGUA